ACUUCUUCUUCGUUUUUUUACCAAAAAUGGUGGUCAUUUGAAAUACAAUGAACCGAAAACCUUCGGAGUUCCAAAUCCAAGUAACGAACAUAAUCUGAGAGCAUUAAAGUACUACAAUACCAGGUGGGUCUCGUUCUUCCUCCAACCCUACCAAAGCCUCUGAAAUCCCGAAUUCGAGUAAUUUUAGGAAGUUCCCGGGUCUGAUUGUCUUCGGUAAUGCGUGAAUUGGGUUGGGUAAAAGAUUUGAUCUUUGCUGUGGGUUUUAUCAGAAAUUCGUGUUUUUUCAAAGAUAUCUUUGGAGAUUGAUGGGUAUUGUUCUUAUAAUGGUACUGAAUCUGUGGGAUUGAACAAGUGAUUAUGCUCUGGUUUUGGGUGCGUUUCUAUGCAAAUGCUUCAAGAGGUGGCAUUGUGAAUUGACAGUGUGAGAUUUAUUGUGGUUGAUUUUUUUUGAAUUUGAGUUCUUUUUUUGGUUGGUGCUCCUCGGAUGAGGAUACAGUUCUUUGAUUACAUUUUGAGUGUGAGGGUGUUGUAGUCAUCUUGCUUAGAAUCUGGUGAGGAUAUGUCGGGAGGAUCUCCGACUGUCGGAGGUGGAUUUGUGAGGCAGAGGCACAGUCUAGGGUAUUUUUCGAGCGGUGAUGAUCUUGAGGAUGAUGCUUGUUCUAGAAUUUUAAUGGAUUUGCCUUCAUAUCCUACACCUACACGGAGUUGGGCUGAGGUUAUAGAAAACUUUAUUUGGAUAUCUUCGGCUAUUUUUUUCAUCUAUUAUGGUGAUCGCAACUACAAUUUAAUUUACAUACUAUGGCAUGAUAGUCGCAUUCGAAGAAUACCAAUGUAUUUGGGGAUGUUUGCUGUUGGCUUGAAUAUUCUCUUUUUCUUGUUUACUAUUACAUUAGCCUGGGGAAUCAGAAAAUCAUGGGAGAAGUGGGAAAUUUCUAGCAUUGCUGCUUUGCCAUUUCUAACUUUCAAUGGCCUCCUGUCUUUCUGCUUGCUCACGUAUUCAUUGUGGCCUAUUUGGGGCUUCUUGACUCUUCCUCUUGUGUUCACCCUGUUUAUGGCUUGCAUGAUUAGAUUCCCGUAUUUGGUACUCGGGGCAUUUAAGCCUCAAGCAGACAUGCUCCGUACAGAUUAGUACCGUUACCCUGAGUUCAUUAAGACAGAUUCUCUCCAAGCUAACUAAGAGUUCGUGGUGUUUCUGGUCUCUUGUCCUUCUGAGGUUAAACCCGUCAUUUGACAUAGUUGCUGACUGAGAAAAAAGGUGACUUGACUCGUUCUCCCCGCCAUGGCUGGCGUUGUAAAUAAAUCAUGGUUUAGGCCUUUUGGUAGAUUUGGCGAGUUCUUUAGGUAACUUGUGAAAUCAAGAACACAUGUCAAUGGUUUUUUUUUUUCAAUACUAUGACCAGAGAGGAAAAGUAGAAAUUAGUUCAAAAGACAGGUGGGAUAAAAGUUGUUUUGCUUC